AUGGAGGCCUACGUAGACGACAUGAUAGUUAAAAGCAAGCAGGGUGAAUCACAUGCCAGACAACUUGAGAAAGUUUUUACCGUGUUUAGGAAGAAUAAUAUGCGCUUGAAUCCCGACAAAUGCGCGUUUGGGGUGAAAUCCGAAAAAUUCUUGGGGUACAUGAUUACUCACAGAGGAAUAGAGGCUAACCCAGAAAAAGUGCAAGCAGUAAUCGACAUGGAAUCCCCCACCUCAAUGAAAAAGGUUCAAAGCCUAACAGGUCGUCUGACUGCUUUGGGCAGAUUUCUCUCUAAAUAUGCUGAACGCAGCCUUCCCUUCUUCAAGGCCUUAAAAGGAGGCAAGAACUUCCAAUGGACCCCUGAGUGUGAGAAAGCCUUCCAAGAAUUGAAAGAGUACUUAAAAGAAAUUCCCCUGUUGACCCGACCAGAAACUGGAGAAAAACUAUACUUGUAUUUGGGAGUCAGCCAUCAGGCGGUGAGCGCAGUUCUCGUCAGGCAGGUCGGGCAGGUUGAUAGCCCGGUCUAUUAUGUGAGUAAGGUAUUGCAAGGGGAAGAGAUGCAAUAUCCUUACGCGGAGAAAAUUGCCUUGGCAUUAGUGGCGGCAGCUAGGAAAUUAAGACCCUAUUUCCAGGCCCACGCCGUGGCAGUGUUAACAGAUCAACCAUUGAGACAGAUUCUACAGAAACCCGAAUGUUCAGGAAGACUAACCAAAUGGGCCAUUGAACUCAAUGAGUAUGACAUUAGCUUCGAGCCAAGAAAGGCAAUAAAAGGACAAGCAUUGGCAGAUUUCAUAGUCGAAUGCACUCACCCACCCGCGACAGAAGAAACUCGCAAUAACGAAUGGAUGUUGUUCGUCGAUGGGGCGUCAAAUGCCAAAGGAAGUGGGGCAGGGGUAGUGUUGAUUUCUCCGGAACAGGAAAUCUUGGAAUACUCGAUUCACUUCACCUUUCCCAAUACAAAUAACGUAGCAGAAUAUGAAGCUUUGCUUGCUGGAAUGACAUUAGCAGAAAGACUAGAAUUUCAAGGUACCUACGAAGUAAGGGAGCCGGUGCUGGCCCGCUACCUACAGAAGGUGAAAGAAAUCGCCCAUAGGUUUGAGCAUUUCGAGCUGAUUCAGAUUAAUAGAUCCCUCAACCAGCACGCGGACGCACUGUCAAAAUUAGCCUCUGCCCGGGACACCCCCGGACGCCUAAUCCACAUGGAAGUCCUCCAACAGCCUAGUGUAGGAGAGGAAGACAUCGCGGUGCAUUGCAUUACGGAGAUCGAAGAUUGGAGAAGCCCCAUAUUGAAAUAUUUGCUUGGCCAAGAAUUGCCAAAAUUAUACAAAAGAGGGUACUCCAUACCGUUGUUAAAAUGUCUUGGGCCAAGGGAAGCACAACAAGCACUGGAAGAAGUGCAUGAGGGGGACUGUGGUGAACACCUCGAAGGAAGGGCAUUAGUUGGGAAAAUCCUGCGAGCCAGUUUCUUUUGGCCCACGAUACGGCAAGAUGCCGCCAAGAAAGUUCGAACCUGUGACAAGUGCCAGAAACAUGCUCCCCUGACAGUAAAGCCUCCGACUCCCAUCCAACUGAUAUUCCAACCUCUGCCGUUCGCACAAUGGGGUCUAGACAUACUGGGGCCAUUCCCAAUGGCAUCUGCUCAACGAAAAUUCCUGCUGGUAGCUACAGAUUACUUCACAAAGUGGGUAGAAGCUGAACCUUUGGCAACCAUCACGGAAAAGAAAGUGGAAGGGAUGGUAUGGAAAGACAUUAUUUGUCGUUUCGGCAUGCCACAUAUACUCAAUACAGAUCAUGGAACACAAUUCGACUUAGAUGCGUUCAGAGCUUUUUGUCAUCGAUGGGGAAUCAGCCUAAGAAUGGCAUCUAUAGCAUACCCCCAAGCAAAUGGAUAA